AAAUAAAUGUUAAUAUCUCUAGUUCCAUAAUGUCCAUGUUCUGUGUGCUUGUUCCACUCUUACAAGAGGGAGGCUAUAUGAGCUUGUCUAUAUGAGCUUGGGGUUUAUCAAGCACAGACACAAAAGACACGAGGUUUACAAAAAUAGACCCUUCAAACAUCCAUAAUCCUUUUAACAUUAAAAGCUUAGUGAUAUUUUGAGGCUGUUUCCAUGUCAGAAUAUGGGCAGUGCUGCUUCCCCUUUAAGGCCUGUUUGUGUAUAAGGGUGUGGGUGCAGGGACUGCUCUGAGACAGAAACAUUAUUUGAAUAUUUAUGAGCUGAUGAUCUGGAGGCGAAUGUGACAUAAAAGACAAUCUUUGCUCCUUUUGGAGCUUAAAAAAUUCAGUUUACAAUCUCCUCUCUGCCCCGGACUGUGAAAGGAAGCAUUGGAAACGGGCAAGAUAUUAAAGCAGAAGAUGGGAGGAAGGUAUUCCAGUCCACUGGAUGGAAGACAGCGUAGGUACCUGAGAGGUCGUACGGAUGCCACAGUGAAGAAUUUCAUGCCCUAUUUUCAGCGGCAACUUGCAACCACCUUUCUGAGACGGAUCUCGAAGGAGCUGGACGCACAAGGCAAACCUGCUCUACAGCUGCUGCAGAGCAAACUCCAGAUACCACCUGUUGCUCUUCUGCAUGAAGGAGUCCUGACACAGUAUAAUGGGGACACCUGCAAGUGGAAAAAGAGUUAUUUCAUUUUGCUGGGAAACUGCACCCUGGAGUGGUUUGAUAGUAAAGAGGCCCAGGGGAAAGACAAUAAACCCAGAGGAUCCACUAGUUUAUCCGGAUACUUGCUGGUGACCUCGCUGAGUAAAUACACAAGACUGAUCAAUAGUCUCUGCCAGGGAUUAGUAUUUGACUACCCACAUUGGGACCAAGACCCCUUAAAUGAGCCUCCGGAAGAGUUUCUGCUGUUCCUUUACCAUCCAUUCCGAAAGUCCUUCUGUUUCUGCACAAACUCUGUAGAAUCCCAGCACACCUGGAAAUCCAUGUUUCGAGAUGGGAUCCGAUAUUGUAGCACAGUUUUACACAGACAGGAUUCCUUUGAAGUAGAGGCGUUUUUGGAAGCUGUGCGGUUUUACAGGCAAGAGAAGGGUAGUUACGGAGCAGGGGAUUUCUUCCUGGGAACAGAACCUGAGAUUCUUAGUAAUGUGCUGAUGGAGGAUUUGCUUCCAGUGCUGCAGUCUCAGAUCUCCCCAAAUCUCAAAGGAUCAGAAAGCAGGAAGAAACAGUCCUGGUGCCAGUUCCUGGAGGAGGUUUAUACAUUGGUCCUCAGCCAGGUCUCCAACGAAUUCCUGAAUUUUCAGAGGGAAAAUGAGAAACUCCAUUUGCAGUUGGAAAAGAAGAUUCGCCCUGAUCUGGAUCAGAUGCUGACUUUAAAGGAUCAGAUAUCUAGAAAACUCCAAGUGGUGGUCCAGAGCCCAGCAGAAUCCUGCUGUCGCCAAGGAAUAGAGCCUCACCUGGACUGUGUGAUGGAGGAACUCAUACACCCCAUCAGCUUAGGGUUUGACAUGGUGCAUUCACUCUUCACAGACAAAAUUGAUGAGAUAAUUAGAAAUGUGCAGAGUUUGCCGAUCACCAACUUGCAGGAAGAGGUUCUCUCACUUGGGAAAAUGCCCUGGAAACCUGGACUCAUGGAGCGAUGUUACAAGAAGGCUAAUCUCUACAAGAACAGUCUGCAAGGACUGAAGGAGAGAUUUGGCUUUCAUGGUGUGGCAUGUUUAAUCCUUGAAGCACAAAAUCUCAUGCAGCAGCUAAUGCAGAAUUCGAUUCAUACAUUCCAGAAGCUUUCAGAGCAACAUCUGAGCUUGGCCACCAACCACAGCCAAAUCACCCAGACUCUGAAAAAAAUCAAGGAUCGUGUGCUGAAGAAAUUGGACUAUGACAGCAGUUCCAUCCAGAAGCAGUUUGCACAAGAGUGGUUGGUUCAGAUCUUCCUUCCUUUUCUGCUGAAGAAUCUGGAGCCCAUAUGUAAACUGAAGCUGUCCAAAUAUGAAAAUUAUGUGUUUGCCGACUUCAGUGGCAUCAUCAAUGUUGAAAAUAUUUAUGAAGAAAUGGUUCUGGCUGUUUUGCAGGAAGCAGUCAGCAAAGCCCUGAAAGAAGCUUCAACUCAGAAGAGAUAUAAUUUUUAUAGUGACAGCUUCUCUUGUGGUCUGGAUAAUGUGGACAACUUACUGCAGCAGGGCAGAGCCCAGGGACACUCUGAAAUAAGGACAGGCACUUUAGAUGGUAAUGCCACAUCUGACACCAUGAAUCUCAUCCCGUCACGUGAGCGAGACCACUUCAGACAAGGAAAUAUAAAGGAAAGCAUGGAAAUAUAAAGGAAGUUCAGUUGCAAACACCCCAGAGAUAAAGACCAAAUCUACCCAGUAAUUUCCCAUUGCCAUAGAGAAGCAGAAAAACCUUUGAGGGUGUUGCUUGAUGGUUGUAAUUGGAGAUACAAGGUGGCCUUGGAACCAGACAUGCAAAGUAGCUGUAUUAGUGAGCCUACAGAUGUGUUGUACAGAAGACCGCAAUUGAGCCUGAAACUGAAAACAAUAUGUGGGCAGGAGACCUGAAUAAAAAAAAAGAUAAUGACAAGUCAUGGAGCUCUUGUGCAAGGAGUAAAGAUCCACAUGAGCCACAGAACAUAAUAAAUGAACAUUCUGCAG